CUCGCGUGAACCAGAGCGGUUCGAGUGGGCUCAGAAUGGAGCAAGAUUUUUUAGACCCGGGGAAUCUUCAGAUGAGAGCGAACGCGAAGUGGAGGACGAUGGAGGACAUGCGCAUGGAGGUGGAAGCCAUGGAGGAUGUUCACUUUCUGAAAUAAAGAAAAAGAGAAUGGUGAAUGAUGUAUCUAGGACGUCAGUAGAUGAAGACGUCGAAAAUGGCGAUGUUGACAUGUUGAAGGAC